CAACACACAAAACCAAAACAUUUUUAAAAAAUCGAAAUGUCCCAAAACAAAAACAAGACAUAAUUGUUUUUUUCUUGACUCAAACUAAACUUGUUUUUUUUUUUUCAUUUUCUUCAUAUGACCACAUUUUAUUCACCGUCUUCCGCCGCAAAAUCCACCAUGGAAGACUCCAACCACCGUCGCUCCAACAAGAGUCAACGCCGACGCCGUCCCUCCGCCACUCCAACAAACGGCGACUACUCCGACGUGGACGACGCGGAGGACGGCGAUCCAGAAGCGUGGGCGACACUGAACAAGAGUUUCCGGCAGGUUCAGUCGGUGCUUGACCGGAACAGAGCAAUUAUUCAGCAGGUGAACGAGAAUCAGCAAUCUAGAAUGCCUGAUAACAUGGUGAAAAACGUUUCUUUGAUUCAGGAACUUAAUGGGAAUAUCUCUAAGGUUGCUUCUCUUUAUUCUGAUCUUAAUUCUGAUUUCACGAGUAUUUGUCACCAACAACAACGAUCUUCUCAUACUCGUGGAAAAUAAUGAAAAGAAAAACCUCUUGUUAUGUAGUACUGUGGUGUUGUUGAAUGUUGAUGUGUCUUGUUGGUGUUGUUGAAGUUGAACAAUUGUUGUGAUGGUAGUUUUGAGGUUUGUUUUGUCAUCAUGUCGGUCGCAAUAAGGACGAUGAAGAUGAAGCAUUGUAUCGUCUCUCUUGAACUUCUACUUCUUCUAGUUUAAACAUGGUCUUAAGGUGUCUCUCUCUUUUUAUGGAUGGUCCCUUGUGUUGUGUUGUGUCAAGGUAGAAUAUAAGAAGUUUUCUUGUUCUACCUCAAAUUGUUACUGGUGUACUUGAGAAUCAAUCAAUAAACUAGUAUUAUGAAUC